AUGAAUAUGAAUUCAAAGAAUAUCGUAAAUUUAUCGAUAUUUGCGUCGAUAAAUGCAUUAUAUAUAUUAUUAUACCUUUUCAACCAGACAUUUUUGCAAGUCAUAUGUACCUUAUGCAUUUUGUUACUUUUAUUAAGUGGGCUACUUGUAUUUUUGCAAGUGCACAAAGCGUCAGAUUACAAGGAGAGUGACAAGUUAGAAAUUGUAUCAAAAGAAAUGAUUGAGAGUUGUGUAAUGUAUAUAUAUGAAUUAAUAAAUGAUCAGUUGACAUUAGUGAGAAAAUAUUUACUUUGGACGAACAGAAUGGAAAAUGUAACUGUAAUUAUUGUGAUUUAUGCAAUUGGAAAUUUUCUAUCCUUUGUAAAUUUUAGUGUUUUAUUUUACAUGGUUACUUGGGCAAUAUUCUUAUAUAACCAUAUUAAUAAUGUUUACAUAACAAAGAUGUGUCAAAUUGCACACCCAUAUUAUGUUGACCUGAAGGAACAGGCCAAGUACAUGUUUGAUAACAUUCCAAAAUUAAAACAUAUAAAAAAAAGCAUUUAA